UCAUUUGAUCAGAGGAUUAUACAGAGAACAUCCUCUUCCUCUCUCUCUCUCUCUGUAACCAGUCAAAAAAAAGAAAAAGGAAAUGAAUGUCAAUACCAAUUCCAAUGGGGAAAUGAAGAAGGAGAGGAAUAAAAAGGCACGAGGGACAUGGCGCUUUUGACCUGUCAGCUGGCCCAUUUCAUUUCUUACCAUUCCAAAUAGUCUGCCUCUCAACACUGAGUGGACAACAAAUAAAAGUUAAACACACGAACUUCUGUUUUUCUUUUUCUGUUGGCUGGCUGCUUCAGACCUCUCUGUUUCUGUUUCUUUAGGGUAUUUUUGAAAUCAAGAUCCUCUCUUUUCAAUUCUUUUCAUGGGUUCCUCCGAUCGUUUAUUUUGUAAGCAGCGAACCCUUCAUGAAAUUGUUGGCGGCGGUAUUGUUGCAGAUGUAAUUCUUUGGAGACGGAAGAAUCUAACUAUGGGGAUAUUGUUAAUAACGUUGGCGACUUGGUUGGUGUUUGAGAGAUGUGGUUACACACUUUUGUCUUUAAUCUCCAGUGUUCUACUUCUUCUUGUUACCAUUAUUUUUCUCUGGGCCAAAUCUGCUUCCAUUCUCAAUAGACCAGCGCCGCCUCUUCCUGAGUUGUAUCUCUCAGAAGAUAUGGUAAACGAAGCUGCAUCUUUCAUCCGUUCCCGUGUGAAUGCUUUUCUAUCUGUUACGCAAGAUAUAGCCAUGGGAAAAGACCCCAGGUUGUUCUUCAAAGUAGCUGCUUGCCUGUGGCUGAUCUCAGUUAUCAGUGGCUUGACUGAUAUGAUCACUUUGGCUUACACCAGCCUUCUACUCGUGCUUACAAUCCCCGCAUUGUAUGAGAAGUAUGAAGAUUAUGUAGAUAGACAUGCCAUAUUGAUGUACAAAAAAUUGUAUCAGUUUUAUGUGAAAUUGGAUGAGAUGCGAGUUCUGACAUACCAACAAUGGAUUUUGGAGAAAGAAAAACUGAGCUGAUCAGCAAUCUUUCUUGCUCAUGGCUUCCUCUCUCUCUCGCGCUUUCUUCUUGUUUCAUUUUGGAUGUGUUUAUGGGGUUCUUUCAACCCACUUUGGCUGAUGGCUAGCACCUCAUGAGUGACAGAAGUGUGAGAGAAAUGAUUGUAUUUUGUUCAUAACUUUGUUUUCAUUUUCUCUAAUUCCUGCUAGAGAAAUGUAUUUAGAAACGGCAUAUUAAGAAUUUUGAAUCUUUUUCCCCAUUUGGGUGAUUGGGGGUUUACAGGCAAGUUGAUAUAUUUAUAUACAUAUGCAGCCUUAACAGCAGCAACUAUAA